AGACAUUAUAAGGAGUACUCAACAGAACCCAGUAGAGUCUGCGCUCCAACUCUGCAAGCUCCGUCUGCAAUUGCACGAAUACCCGUGCUGUAAGGAGGUGGAAGGGGGCCCAAAGCAAUGCCACACCGCAAGGAGAGAGAGAGAGAAAGGGAUCCCCAUCAACCAAAGCAUCCAUUUGUCUGCUGCUUUAUGUUGCCUCCACCCCCAACCCGGUAGUUGGACGCCACCUUUUGCCUCUCAUUGCGACUUCCUUUUAUUCUUUUACCAGCAAGACAUACAAAGAAUAACGCUAUAGAGAGAGAGAGAGAGAGAGAGAGAGAGAUGGCAGAUGGAAAUUGAUUUUUUAUUAUCAAAAGAGAGAGAAAAAUGGUGUUGAUUUUUUAUUGCUGAGAACCAGAAAACCAAACAAGAUCUCGUUUUGUUCAUCACUGUGCUACCAUAAAGCCAGUAACUCCGUAGCAAUCACCAGCAUCCAAUCAAAAGUAUAAAGAAAGUCUAAGAGGGUAGUGAAGAUGGGUUCUGCUGGAGGCUACGAUUUCUCGUUCAAGAUUCUGCUUAUUGGUGACUCAGGUGUUGGGAAGAGCAGUCUUCUGCUUAGCUUCACGUCUCAUUCCCUGGAGUCUCUCGCUCCCACCAUAGGAGUGGACUUCAAGAUCAAGCAGCUAACUGUUGCAGGAAAGAAACUUAAGCUUACAAUUUGGGACACUGCUGGACAGGAGCGAUUCAGGACCUUGACUAGUUCUUACUAUAGGGGUGCACAAGGGAUCAUUCUGGUCUAUGAUGUCACGCGGCGCGAGACUUUUACAAACUUGACUGAUGUAUGGGCAAAAGAGGUGGAGCUGUAUUCGACCAACCAGGAUUGCAUCAAAAUGCUUGUAGGGAACAAAGUUGACAUGGAAAGUGAAAGAGCUGUUACAAGGGAAGAAGGACUUGCACUUGCACAGGAGCAUAAAUGCUUGUUUCUCGAGUGCAGUGCAAAAAAUAGCAUAAACGUUGAGAAGUGCUUUGAAGAGCUUGCAUUGAAGAUUCUAGAUAUGCCUAGUCUGCUGGAAGAGGGAUCUACGCUCGUGAAGCGGAAUAUUUUGAAGCAGAAACCAGAAGAUCACCCACCAACAAAUGGCUGUUGUUAGUGUAACCAUAACCAGAUGUCACUUAAAAAUCCUGGUAGCUCAAUCAGGAUCCAGUGUGCUAUUAAAUGACCUUGGUUUCGCUUGUCAGAUACCGAUGAGUAGAAAAGUGGUUUCACCUGUUACUAAUUGAGAAAUGUGAUUUCCCUUUGUAAAUCGUCAUGGUCGUCUUCCUCAGUUUGAAAAGUGCGGCAGUUCAGGUUCAUCUGUGCAGUAAGCUUGCAUUCACGAGUAGUUUGAUGUGAAUUCAAAUAGAUUUGGAAGGUUGUUUUUAUUAUUUUUUUCUCUUGCUUGUUUGUCUUAUGUAUGCACAUGCUAGAGCCUGCUGGCAAAAAAUGAUGAAUGACUUCAUGCUUA